AUGGCAGCAAAAAUACAUUCAUCUGGAUUUGAUAGCUCUAUGAAGGGGAAUUAUGAGGAGGAGGAGAGUUUCAUAAAGGAGUGCAAAGAGAAGUUUGGAAUUAAUAUAGAAAGGAGCAAGAUGGGGCCAAAUAAGGGGAAACGCACACAGGCCAAGUUAAUGUUGAAUAAUUUAUGGGGGAGAUUUUCUUUAAGGAAUUUUGGUCUCUCUCAAUGUGCAAUUACAGACAAUCCAGCAGAGCUACACAAAUACUACAACGACAAAUCGAUUGAAAUCACUGGCUUAGAUGAGCUCACACCAGAUAUUCUACUCAUCUCUUACAUAAAAAAGAAAGAUUGGAUUGAGGAGCACAAUUGCUCCAAUGUUGUCAUCUCCUUAUGGACAACUUCAGCUGCGCGAAUUCAUUUGCUCCGAGCAAUGCAAAAAGUUGCUCGUUCUCCUGGGUGCUCUUUGCUCUACACAGACACCGACUCCCUAAUUUUUGCUCAUCCUACAAACUUAUGUCCUCUUCCUUUGGGCCCUCACCUGGGAGAUUUAACCGAUGAGUACCCCUCUCACAAUAUAUUGGAAUAUUGUUGUGGAGGAGCAAAGCAAUAUGGUCUCAAACUUCAACGCAAAGGACAAAAAGAAGCUGAAUAUGUUUUAAAAGUCCGCGGAAUGACUCUAAACUACGAUGUGAUUCAAAAUCAAGGAUUACAAUACAACACAUUCAAGGAGCAGGUAAUUAAUUAUGCCAGAACAGGAGAAAUUAAACCAAUUGAUAUAAUUUACCCCAAUUUUUUGAGACCAUCAAUUAAAGAUGGUCGUGUCACUUCACAGCCCCAACAUAAAUUGUAUAAACCUGUAGUCAGUAAGGGAAUUAUCCGCCCUUCUGAUUUUUCUAUUCUCAAUUAUGGAUUCAUAAAUAAUCGCCAUCCUCGUAUUUCUCCUCCAUAGUUUUUUUUUGUCAUUUUGUCACAAUAUUUCUUGGAGCCGGAAAGUAGUCAGGGGUACUCCUUAUCUUCUCUAUACCAACCAUUGUUCAAUGAAUAUCAAGUGUGCCAUUCACACGUUGUGAGGUCGUCCUCUCAUUGUU